AUGGUGAAGGCGGUUGCUGUCCUCGCUGGCCCUGAUGUCAAGGGCACCAUCUUCUUUUCCCAAGAGGGAGAUGGUCCGACCACCGUGACUGGAAGUAUCUCUGGCCUCAAGCCGGGGCUCCAUGGGUUCCAUGUGCACGCGCUUGGUGACACCACCAACGGCUGCAUGUCGACUGGGCCACAUUUCAAUCCUGCUGGUAAGGAGCAUGGCGCACCCGAAGAUGAGAACCGCCAUGCCGGUGAUCUUGGGAAUGCGACAGCGGGAGAAGAUGGUGUUGUUAAUGUCAAUAUUACUGACAGCCAGAUUCCUCUCACUGGGCCACACUCAAUCAUUGGCCGAGCUGUUGUUGUCCAUGCUGACCCUGAUGACCUUGGCAAGGGUGGACAUGAGCUUAGCAAGAGCACUGGAAAUGCUGGCGGACGUGUUGCCUGUGGUAUCAUUGGGCUCCAAGACAAAGGUCGCAACAAGAAAGAAAAAGGGACAAACUAUCACGGGCUGUUAAAAAUCUUCAAUCAUGACAUCGAGUUGCAGGCGAAGAGCGUCUGGAUGGGCAGCAUGGUGCCGCAGGCGAGCGGGAGGAUGGUCGUGCGGAUGGGGUCGACGGGCCUGGGCAGGAACUGGUUCAUGCCGCCGUUCAUGCCGUGGCAGAGGCAGAUGGGCGCGUCCCUGACGACGGACCUGAGCCCGUCGCAGCACUCGCCGGGGGGCGUCAGCACGGUGACGUUGGUGAGGUAG